UUAGUAAAAGUGUGUGUCUCAAGCCACAAGAUUUCAUAUUUAAAACAAUACUGGUAGUGAUUUGGAGCCAUGAGAUUUUAAUAGCAUGUAGGAAAUUUCUAAUCUUUCGUGAUUUAGGUAAUUUGAAAAACAUGUUUUUUUUGCAACCCUGCUUGUAAGGAAUGCUGAACUUUAACAUUUGUCAAAUCACUUCUAUGCUUUAUCAGUCUAGCUCUUGCCCCACAAGAGGUUGCAUUUUGCUCUCUAUUCAGUUUUGUAUUAUAUUAUUUUAUAUAUACCUUUGCUCUAGCUCUUGCGGCUUGCUCCACAAGAAGCUGCAUUUUGCUCUCAAUUCAUUGUGGUAAUAAUCAGUGGUAUUAUGUCUACCUUUGCUCUAUGAGUGAGACUGUGAGAGUGAUGAUAGGUCCUGUUAGCCAUACCCAGGCUCUACCUUCACUAGUUUCAAGUUUCAACAAUCCCAUUUGAGGUACCAAGUAUGCUACAGUAUUUGCAACAAACUUAAGAUGAUGUAAUGAAUAAUUCAUUGACUAUAAAUUGAUAUUUUCAAUUUUAGAUUUUCUGUGACUAUGUUUUUGACCAAUCAUUGCUUAUACAAUGUUUUCCCAUGAGCUGUGCAGCAUAUAAUGCAACUUAUGCUGUUUAGGGGCCAUAUGGACUGACUUCCAGUGCUCCUGUUUGAAAACAAGAAAGGUAGAAGAAAAUGACAUUAAACUUGAACUUCUUGAACUUCACAGUAAAGUCACAAUCUAUGUAUCUUGAACAAGAUCCAAUUGUUCUUUAAGUACCAAAUAAAUUGAACAACAAUCUUCUUACAUAGAAGCUAGUCAAGCUAAGUGAUAACUCCUGAUUUGCUGAUGGUUAUUGCUGUUGUUGUGUUAUUAUAAUUUUCAACAUGACCUUUGACAAAUUUCAUAAGAUAAUAAAGGAGUGUGAUACAGUUAUUCUGUAUUUUAAUAAUACACAAACAUAUGCUCUAGAGGUUACAAAAACGGUGAAGAAUCGACAUGGACAACAGGUGCCACAUGUUUUCCAAAGCAUGUACGGCGCUCUAAAAGUUGAGUCAUUGGUGGGCCUUCAAUUUGGCUGCCGUGUUCAGCUUGCCACUGGUGCUGGCUACAUUUUCUAUCCCACUCCUGAACUCUGGACUCUCACACUACCUCACAGGACUCAAAUUUUGUACACAACGGACAUAUCAAUGGUGAUUGCUCGACUCAACAUCGGCCCAGGAAGUGUGGUGUGCGAGGCAGGCACAGGCAGUGGGUCUUUGUCCCAUGCAAUAUUGAGAACAGUUGGCCCUACUGGUCACCUCCACACUGCCGACUUUCAUGAGCAACGUUGGUUAGCUGCCGCGGACGAGUUUAAACGACACGGCUUGAAUGACCGAGUCACCACUUACUGGCGCGAUGUGUGCACGUUAGGAUGGCCUGUUACGGAGGUUGCCGACGCCGUCUUCUUAGACCUGCCACGUCCUUGGCUGGCCUUACCUCAUGCAGUCAAUGCCGUUAAACUGAAUGGUGGCAGAAUUUGCUCCUUCUCGCCCUGCAUCGAACAGGUUUCCCGGACGUGUGAAUUGAUGCGUUCGCUGGGCCUACAGAACGUGACCACCCUGGAGGUUCUGACAAGAGAGCUUCAAGUCUUGCACUCAGAUAUGCCUGUCAUCGAUAUCACACCUGAUGAUCGACCUAAUUUAAAGGAAUUGGAAAUGUCGGCGGGAGAGAGUGACGCCAAGCGACCUAAACUCUCAGCCGACAUUGAAUCUUCUCAAGAGGGCAGUGAAGACUGCAAUGUUACAGAGAGUGAAAAGUCAGACCUUUCAGCAAUAGCUCUUACUAAAGAGGUACCUAGCCCAAUCUUUAAUGGAGAGGGCAGAACAAAAUCGAAGAGCAUAUUGUCUGCGUAUCCUAAGUUGACCCAAGCUGGCCACACGGGUUACCUCACUUUUUGCAUCGUGCCUCCUGGUCUCCCCCGACCAGUUUCCACACCUGUUGUUUGACUAGAAUCUCAACUAAAUUAUGACUUGUA